CUCAGAGACGCUGCUAUGGAGCGCGAGGUGGGAGCCAAGCUGCUGCUGCUGCUGUGGAUGACGUGCUGCAGACAUGCACAGGUCCAUGGGCUAAGUGGAUACACGUCUGUCAUCGAAGUGACCAACGGGGGUCCCUGGGGCGACUGGGCCUGGCCUGAGAUGUGUCCUGAUGGAUUCUUUGCCAGCGGGUUCUCGCUCAAGGUGGAGCCACCCCAAGGCAUUCAAGGUGAUGACACCGCUCUGAAUGGAAUCCAGCUGCACUGCACUCGUGGGGACGCAGAGCACAACACACAUGUGGUGGAGUCACAGUCUGGAAGGUGGGGCCCAUGGAGUGAACCGCUGUGGUGCCUUGGAGGCGGCUUCCUAGUGGCUUUCUCGCUUCGUGUGGAGGCACCCGUGACCCCCGGGGACAACACGGCAGCAAAUAACGUGCGCUUCCGCUGCUCAGACGGCAAGGAGCUGGAGGGGCCUGGCCUGAGCUGGGGAGAGUUUGGAGAGUGGAGUGGAGCAUGCCGCAAAGGCGUGUGCGGUUUGCAGACCAAGGUCGAGCCCCCUAGAGGCCUCCGCGACGACACUGCACUUAAUGACGUGCGUUUUUUCUGCUGCAGCAGUUGAGACGUUCGAGUCGCUGCACUCUCCCUGGGCCCAGAGGUUAGACCCACCUCCCGCUAUUAAAGCUUGUCCGACUUG